GUGAAGGGAAUUCCUCCCCGGCGGUUCUACUAGCUUUUAAAGGAAAAUGAAAGUGAAAGAGGAAGAGGCUUCAGGGCUGAGAUCUGAGGAUAGUACAGCGCCAUGAAGCCUGUGUCCCUGCUCGUGGUUGUGGCCUUGGGCCUGGCGAGCCGCGUCUCUGCCGGACCCGCGGUGAUCGAGUGCUGGUUAGUGGAGGACAAGCGCGGGGGUGGCCUCACCAAGAAGCCCGCCGCACUGGUUCUGCGCCACGGACCCGGGGGACCGCCGCCCCGGCCGGACCUCGACCCUAACCUCUACCUCAGCGUGCACGAUCCUGCAGGCGUCCUGCAAGCGGCCCUCAGGCGGUACCCCCGCGGCGCCCCCGCGCCACACUGCGAGAUGAGCCACUUCGUUCCACUCCCGGCCUCUGCCACCUGGGCCAGUCGCCUGACCCCGGAGCCAGAGUGCCCACGGGCCCUGGACGGAGCCUGGCUAAUGGUCAGCAUGUCCAGCUCGGCCCUCAGCCUGUCCAGCCUUCUGCGACCUCAGCCAAAGCCUCAGCAGGAACCCGUCCUCAUCACCACGGCAACAGCGGUACUGACUGUCCUCACCCAUACCCCCGUCCCUCGAAUCCGUCUGGGACAAGAUGCCGUGCUGGACUUGAGCUUUGCCUACAUGUCCCCCACCCCUGUGGCCUCUGGACCCCCUCCCUUUGGACUAGAGUGGCGACGCCAGCACCAAGGAAAGGGGUACCUGCUCUUGACCGCAACUCCUGGGCUGAAUGGCCAGGUGCCAGCUGCCCAGGAGGGGGCAGUGGCAUUUGCUGCUUGGGAAGAUGAUGAGCCAGCAGGCCCCUGGACGGGAAACGGAACCUUCUUGCUGCCUGCAGUGCGGCCCUCUCAGGAGGGCAGCUACCUGGCCACUGUCCACCUGCCAUACCUGCAAGGACAGGUCACCCUGGAGCUGACUGUGUACAAGCCUCCUACUGUAUCCCUGUCACCAGCCCCUCUUGUGUGGGCCGCCCCUGGGGAGGCACCCCCAGAGCUGCUGUGCCUCGUGUCCCACUUCUACCCUCCCAAGGACCUGGAGGUUGAGUGGGAGCUCUGGGGCGGCACGGAGGGUGGCUCAUGCAAAGUCGAGGGGCAGAGCUCACUCUCUGCCCUGCGCCACCAUUCGGACGGCUCCGUGAGCCUCACGGCACACCUGCGGCCACCUCCCAUCACUGUGGAGCAGCACGGGGCACGCUAUGCCUGUCGCGUCCACCACCCCAGCCUGCCUCCAUCAGGGCGCAGAGCCGAGGUCACGCUGGAGGUGGCAGGCCUGUCGGGGCCCUCCCUCGAGGAUGGCAUCGGUCUGUUCCUGUCGGCUUUUCUCCUCCUUGGACUCAUCAAGCCGCUGGGUUCCCUCGCUGCCUACCUGUCCACUAGCAAGGAUCCAAAGGAGAAGAAGACGCAGUGAGUACGUACACCACCAUGGCAGCCUCCUUCAUCUCCAGCCCAAACUACUGCAAGUGGCUUCCUCACGAUGCCACCUCCCAUCUGCUGCGACACCCCCUCUUCCCCUUUUUGUAAGGCACACACCUUACUUGGAGCACUUGUGGAGUGCCAUCACGACGGUUCUCACCAUGCUUGGUCUCAGAACCCCUUGGAAGCAAUACUUAUGGUACUUGAAAACGAGCUA